GAGUAUUUGAGCAUCCCCUGCAAAUUAGCCGUACAAAACAUGAAAUGAUCAAAGGACAUACUAACAGUGAGUGAGAGAGAAGUGAGAAGCGAAAGCCUCUGUAGUCUGUACCAACUUUAUCUCCACAACAUAACAUGCUCCUCACCAAACCAAUACAAAAUUCACUAAAGAAUUCCAACACUCUGAGAAUCUUCUCAUGGACUUGGAUCUGAAGCAAUGGCGAGAUCAUCACUCUCAACCAACUUCUUCUGCUCUCCCUUUGUUUCUCUCUGAGCCCACCAGAAAUCUGUCAGCAUUUCUCUCUGAUCAUACAACUAGAAUCCCCAGCCCCAGGAUGGAGAGCUAUUUCAGCUCCUCUCAAUGGCAGGAGCUGGAGCUUCAGGCAUUGAUUUUCAGACAUAUGAGUGCCGGAGCUGAUAUCCCUCUUGAACUUGUUCAUCUCGUCAAGAAAAGCCUCAUCACUUCCCCAUUUUAUCACUACUAUCCCCAUUUGCAGCCUUCUUUGUUGCAGUCCAGGUAUUGGGGGCGGGCGGCGAUGGAUCCGGAGCCGGGAAGAUGCAGGCGGACCGACGGCAAGAAGUGGCGGUGCUCGAGGGACGUGGUGGCCGGCAAAAAAUACUGUGAGCGCCACAUGCACCGCGGCAGAAACCGUUCAAGAAAGCCUGUGGAAAAUCCCACAUCCGCCACCUCUCCCUACGCCGCCACCACCAGGCAACCUGCCCCUCCUCAAUUCACACUCUCCGUCCCUUCUCCUUCCACCGAUCUUCUUCCUAGGCCUCUCCCGGACUUGUUUGCGACUGCUAAGGCCCCUUUCGAUGAUGAUCCUGGUAGUGGGAGGACGCUACGCCACUUCUUUGACGAUUGGCCUCCUAAGCCACUUCAUGACACGGCUGCCACUACUAACUUGUCGAUCUCGAUGCCCGGGAAUGGGAACCCGUCAUCUGACUUCUUGUUGAAGCUUGGCACCGGUGACGGGGAUAACACUAGUACUAGUCAACUCGAGGGGGGUAUUAAUGAAAGGGACAAACAUCAGUUAAACUGGGGGGUUACGUGGGGGACUAACGCGGUCGCCCCAAUGGGAGGGCCCUUGGCCGAGGUCUUGAGGUUGUCGACUUCCAAUUCGUCACCAACUAGCGUUCUACAUCGCCCACCACGACCCCCGGCCUCUGAAGCUAGCUAAUAAGGGCGGGAAAGGACUAUCACCCCUAUUCGGGGUGGUGACAUUCUCACAACGAUUCUUGUUAUGUUUUUAUUCCUAUUUUUCAUUUCAUUCCGAUUUCCGGUAUUAUUGCAUACCACUUUGAAGUGUUGCAUUGGCUUGUUUCCUUGUUUUUUUUUUCCACUUCUCCACCACGUGCUUUUCUUGCUUUGUUUCUUUCUUGGCAUGUUAUUUUCCCCAACGUCUUUUCUGGAUUCAUUUUAUGAUUUUAUUUAUUUUUAUCUUAA